AUACUGCCUCCUCUUUUUUCUCUCUCUUCUUUCUUCUCCACUUUCUCUCUCGUCAUACAUAACAUCUUUCUUCUUUUCACUUCUUUCAAAAGCAAAUCUAAAAAAGCUUCCCUUAUAGGAUAGCAUCAUCCCUUUUUCUUGUCCCUUUCACUCGAUCUUCAUUUUUCAUCUCAAACACCACCGUAACCACUUCUCUUGUUUGAAUUGCGUGCAAACUUAGCUACUUUUGUUCCUCUCGUUGCUUCUCUUACAAGAUCUUAUCUCACCCCAGCUUUGAUCCUAAGCUGAAUUUUUUUUUUUUUUAUGUUACAAGAUUCUAUAUUUUUCUCAUAUAAUGGUGAGCCUUUUCAUCUUUUUACAGUAAUGGAUUCCAAUACCCAACAGAACCAACAACCCAAUUCUGGGUUGCUUCGUUUUCGUUCUGCACCAAGUUCACUAUUUUCAAAUCUCACACCUUCUUCUUCUGUUGAUGAUAUUAAAGGUACUAAAGAUUUUUGGGAUGAUUCUGAAUCAGAGAGAUUGGUUUCAAGGUUUGUGAGUAACGAUAAUAUGUCUGGUUCUUCUUGUUCUAAGAAGGUGAGUGGAAUGAAUUCUGGUUAUGGUGGUGCUGGUGGAUUGCCACCUCACUAUCCUAGACACGGUUCUUCUGCUACUUUAAGUUCUGCUAUGGAUGCUUCUUUUGAAUUGGCUGGUUCAUUGGGAAUGAAUCAUGAAACAUCUCAUAGGAGCUUUGGUUCAAAUCUUCUCAGGCAGGGUAGUUCCCCUGCUGGACUUUUCUCCAACAUUUCAUUUCACGAUGGGUUUGCUGCCAUGAAGGGUGUUGGAAACUAUGCAGCCAUGAAUGGAAGUAAUGGUGAAGUUAGUCCGUCUAUUAACCCAUUGAAUAGUCAAGUUAGCUUCCCUUCAAGAAACACUUUUUCGUUGGGAAUGUUAUCACACAUCUCUGAAAUAGAUAGCGAGGAUAUUGAAGCAACUAGCCCUGACGACGGAGGCAGCAAUGGUGAUACUAUGCAUUAUGGUUUGGGAUUUACCUAUAGUUCAUGGAAUGAUACUCAAUCAUUCUCAGAAAAUCUCAGUGGCUUAAAAAGAGGGCGAAGUGGUAACGAGAAAAUGUUUGCUGAUUUUCAGAGUGGAGGACUAGGAAAUCAAGUUCAUACAUUAUCACAUCACUUGAGUUUACCGAAGACUUCAUCCGAGAUGAUUGCAAUGGAGAAGUUGUUUCAGUUUCCGGAUUCCGUUCCUUGUAAAAUCAGAGCGAAACGAGGUUGCGCUACACAUCCUCGAAGCAUUGCGGAAAGGGUAAGAAGAACUAGGAUCAGUGAAAGAAUGAGGAAAUUACAAGAGCUUGUUCCAAACAUGGACAAGCAAACUAACACAUCAGACAUGCUGGACUUGGCCGUUGAUUACAUUAAAGAACUUCAAAAACAAUUCAAGUUUCUAAGAGAUAAACGAGCAAACUGCAAAUGUACGAGGAUGCAGAAGGCAGAUACAAAUCAAAUUCCUUGACAAAUCUUUCUCAGACAAAGAUGGAUUAGGAUCGGAUACUUUUAGGGCUAUGCUGAAAAAUAAGUAGAAACAAACAAGGCUAAUAUAAAAAUGCUAUGAUGCUAUUGAGUGUGACAAUUAAUACAAAGCAUAUAAUAUAACGUAGGUCCUCACCAUAUUGGAAAAGUUCUUUAGAUUAAAGGGGAUUCAGUUACAGAGCAAUAAUAUCGAAUAUUAUUUCUAUUUUUAAUUUUGUAUAUUAUUGUACUAAUAAAUGUUUACACACUAAUAAAUGACGUAUCGUUUUAUUUA